AUGCCGUGUGGAAGGUGCAAGGUGCACCGCACGUACGAAGUCUCAAUUGAGAGCCCCAUCGCGAAAUUGCCCCUCCAUUACAUCCAGAUAGUCCAGUCCAAGUCCUCCAAGUUCUGGUCCACCCCCUUCCUCAAAAGCGGUGCUAUUCCUGUCACCGACUCCGUAGCCGGCCUCGACAAAGGUCCUGCCGUGCCUAUCCCUGAGUGCGACGAGAUUCUCACCUCCCUCCACAUCUACACCCGCACUAUUCGAAACCCCUUUUCGGACCCGCUCACCACAAAGCGCGGGCUGUCUAUCGUCGGCCGCUAUGCCUUUGCUAAUGAUAGUGACGCUAUCCCCAUCAACACGCAGCGUAUCGCUUCGCGGUGUCUAAACAACAUCGUGGUGCUCGCGCAACCCAUGCGCCAAGUCUUUGUGGAUGAAGGGUAUCCUCAAAAGGUGGUCGCGCGCUUGAAGACCUCGCAGAUCCGAUCAACGCCGUACGUACAUAUCCACCAUCUCGCGCACGGGGCGGUCGAGGAAGAUGCCUUCGAGGUGAAAAUGCUAAUGGGCUAUCCCGCUCAGCCCGCAGUAGCGAGCUUGAAGCUCAUGUCCACCCUAGCCGUAAGCUACGAGGCGCAAGCGCAUAGGUUCAUACCAUCAGUCCAGCCCGUCUUCGAUCUUCUCGACAAGGUCAAGAUUCCCUCUCCCCCGAUGCAGCUGCCCGUGUCCCUUCUUGUAGGGUGCUUAGCCUCCGUGCCAUUCCACGAUAAGUCCCGUAAGGGCGCGGGCGAGAUGAAUCUCUUAACCCCCAUGGUGGCGCUUCAACGAGUCUCGCAAGCUGUUGACCCCGAAUCCGAGACGUUGAAGCAACUGAAAGAGCGCAUGCUUCCUUCCGAAGAGGACCGCAAAGUAGUUCUCGGAAAGGGGACCACACUGCCCCAUAGGAUCCUCCACUUCGGCGUGAACUCCACGUCCCCGGAGCUCAGGGAUCCCACCCUCACCUUGCUGUUUGAACUAUCAAACAAGGACUCCCGCGAGUUUGUCCGCAAUGUGGGCUUCGGAAACGCCGUGGGCUACCUCACAUCAAAGGGUAUCAACCUCUCUCAAGAAGACGUCGCCGCGAGCGGCAUCGAUCCUAAUAACGCCGCUCCCAUCAACCCCAUCACCGGGCAAAGAAUGGAUAUGGAGCCGGAUGUUGACCUGCCGGAGAUGACGGAAGAAGAGAAGGAGCGCGAGGCCGAGCGACUCUUUGUCCUGUUUGAAAGGUUGCGCGCGACCGGCGUCGUCAAAGUCGAGAACCCGGCCGCCCAGGCUGCGAGUAUGGCCGCCGUGGAGGAAGUUGACUCCAGCGAUGAUGAGAAGAAGAAAUAG